AUGACGGAGUGGGUGUCGGACAAUCAUAGCGCCGGGCUCCGGACGCCUCCAGUCGCCGCCGAGAGCUGGCUGGAGCUGGUUGACGCGCAGCGCAUCAGCCUAGCGGGCGUCUCUGGGAGCUCGCCGGUUGCUGGAAGCUCACCUCCAUCGGAAGUUCUGCUGGGCAUCACGGGCAAGGACUUCGUCCUCAUCGCCGCCUCCAAGGCUGCGAUGCGAGGCGCCACCAUCCUCAAGGCCGCCGACGACAAGACGCGGCCGCUCACCAAGCACACCCUUCUGGCGUUUUCGGGAGAGGCAGGAGACACAGUCCAAUUCGCCGAGUACAUCCAAAGAAAUGCCCAGCUCUACUCGAUGCGCAACGAGACCGAUCUGUCGCCCUCUGGCCUCGCCCACUUUGUCCGCGGCGAGCUGGCCUCGAGCCUGCGCUCCCGACACCCGUACAACGUCAACCUGCUGAUGGGCGGCGUCGACCCCAUCACCGGCAAGCCGCACCUCUACUGGCUGGACUACUUGGCGUCGCUGGCCGAGCUGCCCUAUGCGGCCCAUGGAUACGCACAAUACUACUGCCUGUCCAUCCUCGACAAGCACCACCACCCCGACAUCACCCUCGGACAGGGCAUCAAGAUUCUGACAAUGUGCACGGAUGAGCUGAAGAGGCGGUUACCGAUCGACUUCAAGGGCAUGGUGGUCAAGGCGAUCAAGGCAGAUGGCAUCGUCGACAUAGAGUUUGACGACGACCGUGUGGUGAAGAGCGCAUGA